CGCGCAUUGGACGGCUGACAAUGCGUAAGCUCCGCUGGAAAUGAAGCCUCCAGCCUGUGUACAUAAACCUCGAAAGAUGGAGGCUUGAAACCGGACUUUCGCGGAAUAUUUGAGCCACUUGAUGCCAAAGUGUAAUUAGAGCUGGCAGUUAAACUGGGAGCGGAGCUGUGCGCGCACUGCUGUGGCUGCUGCCUGCAGCUGGAGUUGCGCUCAGGACUUCACGAGACGUUGAGGUUUCCUGGGUGUGGAUUUAUGCUGACCCACGUUGUAGUUUGAACUUCUAUACUUUUAUUUAUUUCCCAUACAUGAUGCUGGGCUAGAAAGGCUUCUAUACGUCCAGAAGUGUCAGACUCUCCUCACUGCAGAGCGGUCAACUUCGGGAGCCCCGGGGAUGCGGAGGAUACUGAGCAGACAAAAACUGACCGACUAAGGAUCCGGGAUUGAAAACAAUUUCAGUUUGACUCUUUUUUUUUUUUGUUGCAGAAAAUCAUUUUUUGAGCUCAUUUCGAAUCACUGUCAACGUUGAUGACGAUAGACGCUUCACUUCGGGCUCAAACAUUUUAGCAGGUGUCUCCGCGUUUCUCUUCCAAAAAUGUCUCAAAUAGUGACGUAAAGCUGCGCUAAAGUUUAUGAUCUUUAGUUCUUGAAUUUUACUGACAGGCAACACUUUAUUGACCAGGCUGUCUGAACUGUUUUCCAAACGCACUUGGAUUUUUGUUUUUGUAGCAUUUGGAAACGCUGGAUGAAGCAUGAGAUUUUACUCAAUUGUUUUUUUCAUCCAGUUUUGACGAGCGAUGCCGCGAGAAGGAUUUCGUCCUAAUUGAGCCAAUUUGUCUUCGUUUUGGGGGUGGAUUCUCGCUUUCCCAGCUGUCCCAAGAAACAUGUUGCAUAUCAUAGCGCUUCAGUCGGUGCUGUUACUUUUUGGAGUAGCUGACUGUCGAGUCUUGGAUGGAUUGCAGAGAUAUUCCCCUAUCCCCACAUACCUGCCUGUCAACUACCAGGUGCUCAGUGCUGACUUGGCGUUCUUCCUGAAGGAAGCCAACCAGGACUUCAUGAGGAACUCGAGCCUGAUGUCACGGACUGAACCCUUCUUUAUCUACCAGGCCAGAAGUUUGCCCUCAGUGAACGCUAGCUACGGGCCUCUGUCUCUGGAGCAGCCUGUCCCGUUAGAGCUCCUCCAGAGCCCUGGGACAUUUCCUGCCUCUUCAGUUUUCACCUUUAACUGGAAGAUGCAGACGUUUAUCAUGAAUACCAGGAUUCACCUGGCCAAACCUAGAGUCCAGGUGCUUUUUUACAUCGUAGGCAGGGACUGGGACGACUACAGUGCCAUCGACAAGCUGCCUUGCGUGCACAUGUUUGCUUUUCACGAGACCCAGGAGGUGCGUGGAAGCUGCCAGCUGAAGGGGGAGCUGGGUCUGUGUGUGGCAGAGCUGGAGCCCUUAGCCAGCUGGUUCAGCCCGCCCAGCGUGGUGCCAGGCCGCCAGAGGAACCUGGACGUAUCUGAGGGCACCCAGGUGGAGCUCUACUACAUGCUGCAGUCCACAGAAGCCGGGAAGUGCCACUCCGAGGAAGCCAGGAAGGACAGCUUCAUCCGCUCGAGCCAGGAGGGCCUGUUUGGUUCAUACACCUCGACGCCGCUGAGGAGGAUCGGCGGCGUGAGGCUCUACCAGAACCCCGCUCCACCGCCCCUCACUGAACACAGGCUGGAUAAUAACUUUAUGGUCUCGGUGCCAGCCACACCCAUGAGACAGAGGGAAACCGUCUCUGCUUUCAUCACAGUGUCAGCGUACUCUACCGUGGAGAUGUUUACUCUCAGAGUCAAGUUGAAAGAAGGAGUGACCUUUCUCGGGGCCCGUCCCAGCAACCCCACUCAGUGGAUUGUUAGUCAGGACGUGAGGAGUGAAGGCCAUCGGGUGGUGACUCUGCACUGCCGCAGGAAGGAGUCCGGUUACGACCAGCAAAGGGCUGACAUGGGAGUUCAGAGGGUGCUUCAGGUGGAUCUGAAAUUGGAGAGCUUUCCAGAGCCGCUGGGCAGCCGCUGGAUGGCCUGGCAGGUGGAGUACCCGACUGGUCGAGCCACCACACAAGAGGCUGAGACGGAGAUCCGGCUGGCUCAGGAGGACCUGGCGGGCAUCGUGCCCCUGGCCAUGGACUCUGAGAUUUUAAACACCGCCGUGCUGACGGGGAAGACGGUGGCUGUCCCAGUAAAAGUGGUGACCAUCGGAGUAGAUGCCUCUGUUACUGAUGUCUCUGACGCCGUCAAGUGUCGCUCUACGGACGAAGAUGUGGUGAAGGUGUCAGACAGGUGCGACUACGUUUUUGUGAACGGCAAAGAGAUGAAGGGCAAGGUGAGGAUGAUGGUGAACUUCACCUACGGGUACCUGAGCGCUCAGCUGGAGCUCAACGUGUGGAUCCCGCGGCUCCCCCUUCAGAUUGAGGUGUCUGACACGGAGCUGAGUCAGAUCAAAGGGUGGAGGGUCCCCAUCUUGGCAACAAGUCAGAGGUCCACACGGGAAAGUGAGGAUGAGGAUGAUGAAGAUAGGCGGGGCCGAAGCUGCACUCUGCAGUACCAACACGCCAUGGUCCGAGUCCUGACUCAUUUUGUUGCUGAGUCAGCUGAUCCUCGAGGUCAGACCAGCUUCAUGCUGGGCUCUGAUUGGCAAGUGGACAUCACAGAGCUGGUGUGGGACUUCCUGAAGGUGGAGGACCCCCAGACUGCUCAGCUGCUCGACAGGAAGAUACUGGUCGGACUCGACAUGGGGAUGACCACGAUUCAGGUGUUGUCUCCUUUGUCAGACUCAAUCCUUGCAGAGAAGACUAUCACAGUGGUGGAUGACAAAGUGACCAUCACUGAGUUGGGGGUCCAAAUGGUGGCAGGCCUCUCCAUGAGCCUGCAGCUCAGUCCAGGGAGUAACAGAGCCAUCCUGGCUACCACCACCACUCAGGAGAUCCUGCAGAGCCCAAAACAGGAGGCCUUGAUCAGCGCCUGGCUUCAGUUCAGCGACGGCUCUGUGGCUCCUCUCGACCUGUACAAUCCUGACUUUUUCAUCCUGACAGCCACCUCCCUUGAUGAGGAAGUAGUGACAGUGCAGCAGAACCCCUCUUGGAAGUGGCCUGUCAUUGUGACCGAAACGGAGGGCCAAGGCCUGCUGGUCAGGGUGGAAAUGACGGUGUGCGAGGUCUGCCAGAAGUUUAAGCGCCGCAGCAUCUUGGCAGCGGGGAACUGUAACGUCAGGGUAAAGUUUGGUCAUAGUGACAGCUCGAGGGGAGGGGGCAGUGACUACAGCCCAGACGGGGAUGACAUGGAGAACAGAGGCAGGCUCUCCCCCUCCCAGGACAGAACUGGCCUUGACAACCACUACUACGGCAGCUCCAUCUCUGACAUGGAGGAUGGGGUUUUGAGGCGAGCCACCACUACUAGAAGCGCGAUAAUGCGUCGACCAAACGAGGAGAAACUGUCAGAUGGAAGCCAGAACGUGCCAGUCGACUUUGCUGACUUCCCUGCACAAGUGGACCUGCCCCGAGGUCGCAAUAUGGAGGAUGAUCUCAUGCAGACUACACGUGGGCUCACAGACCUGGAGAUUGGCAUGUACGCUCUGCUCGGUGUCUUCUGCCUGGCCAUCCUGGUCUUUCUAAUCAAUUGCAUCUCAUAUACCCUGAAGUACCGCCACAAGGAGCUCUCGAUUGAGGGCCAGGAGAACAUGAACCAUGCCCACGAUUGGGUCUGGCUUGGAAACGAGGCGGAGCUUCUGGAGAGUCAGAUAAGCCUGUCCCCCCAGCAGGAGGAGCAGACCUCCAUGAUGGACUCCAGCAGCGGGCUUGAGGAAGGCAGCCACUUGCUGAAUGGAGGUUCGACACAGAAGAACGUCCAGGGCCAAGUGCACCGAGCAGCGGAAACAGCCUGCAUAACCAAGGACAGCAAAGGAGACUCACCCACCACCAAGAGGAAGCGAGUCAAGUUCACCACAUUCACCACCAUCCCCUCGGACAAUAGCUACCCCACUGUGAACACACUGACUGGAAGCUGCAGCCAGGACAUUAAGUGGGUGUGCCAAGACGUGGAGCUGGGAGACUCCAAGGAGUUGCGCAAUUACAUGGAAAGGUUAAAUGACAGUGCUUUAAAAGAGGUGGCAUAAUGUACUGUGUGCACUUGAAACAAACUCACCCUUAUGCCUUUCAGAAGAAAGUGGGUCUGAACAGUAACCGGGCCCUCAGUAGAUGAAAGAGGAGAACAUGUACUUCAGAAUCACCCCCAAACUGCCAAAGGGUCAUUACAUUUAAGAGGAUUGUCAUUAAUACACAAGUAACUGAUGACGAAUCACUAACAAAAAAAAUAUGUCAUUGAAUGAGCUCGCCAGGUGGUUCUUUUUCCUCAUUUGUUUAUCAGAUGAUUACCUUUUAAUCCUCGUUUUAUUACUACAGGGUUUAAGUAGAAUCCAGUAAUUGGUUGAUCGGCAGCAACUAUGAACUGGGAUAAUCCGACCACAUGUAGAUUCCAAAAACAGACAAAAACUUGACAAGAUAGAUGUUCUGAAUGUGUGUGCACAUUAAAUGGUUUUGAACGUUUUGUAACACUUUGGAUAUUAAUUUCCUACGCCAGGUCCUUAUUCUGCAGAAGAUUUCAGGAAAGGUCAAAAUAACGCCGAGAGCUAUUCCUGCAUGUUGUUGGGGGAAAAAAAAGGCACAACCUUGUGGUUCAUUCUCAUCCUCUUAACACGGCAGACGACCUGUUAUGUAUAUACUGAACAGUCUCCAAAGCAUUGUAUUGUUGCUCUGUAUAUUGUAUUUUCAUAACAUUUAAGAAAUACACAACAAUGUCAA